AUAUGAUGAUGAUGAUUGUGAUUCUAUUUUUUUUAGCCAUGUCUCAAGCUGUACAAACAAAUGGCACACAACCAUUGAGCAAAACAUGGGAACUCAGCUUAUAUGAACUUCAAAGAACACCUCAGGAAGCUAUAACAGAUGGCCUGGAGAUAGUGGUGUCACCCCGAAGUCUUCACAGUGAGCUAAUGUGUCCCAUUUGUUUGGAUAUGCUGAAAAAUACCAUGACUACUAAGGAAUGUCUACAUCGAUUUUGUGCUGAUUGCAUUAUCACAGCCCUUCGAAGUGGAAACAAAGAAUGCCCUACUUGUCGUAAAAAGCUUGUUUCCAAAAGAUCUUUGAGACCAGAUCCAAAUUUUGAUGCCCUUAUCAGUAAAAUUUACCCAAGUCGUGAUGAAUAUGAAGCUCACCAGGAGAGAGUUUUAGCAAGGAUCAGCAAGCACAAUAAUCAGCAAGCUUUGAGCCACAGCAUUGAGGAGGGCCUGAAAAUCCAAGCCUUGAACAGGUUACAAAGAGGAAAGAAGCAACAAAUAGAGAAUGGCAGCGGAGCAGAAGACAAUGGUGAUAGUUCGCAUUGUAGUAAUGCUUCAACCCACAGUAAUCAGGAGGCUGGACCAAGUAACAAAAGGACCAAAACCUCUGAUGAUUCUGGGCUUGAACUGGACAAUAACAAUACAACAGUUGCCAUAGACCCAGUAUUGGAUGGUGCAAGUGAAAUAGAAUUAGUUUUUAGACCCCAUCCUACGCUUAUGGAAAAUGAUGACAGUGCACAGACAAGGUACAUUAAGACUUCAGGCAAUGCCACUGUUGAUCACUUGUCCAAGUACCUAGCUGUGAGGCUAGCCUUAGAAGAACUUCGGAGCAAAGGAGAAUCUAAUCAGAUGAAUCUUGAAACAGCCAGUGAGAAGCAAUACACAAUUUAUAUUGCUACAGCUAAUGGCCAAUUCACAGUAUUAAACGGUUCUUUUUCCUUGGAGUUGGUCAGUGAAAAGUACUGGAAAGUGAAUAAGCCGAUGGAGCUCUACUAUGCACCAACUAAGGAACACAAAUAAGCCUUAUAACAAGGCUUUGAGUUGGAACAAUAAUUGCUUUUAUAUCUUUGCUUUAAGUUGAAGUACCAUCCUUUGCAUCAUGGACAACUACACAUAGACUUGGAUUCCCCAAUGAGUAUCUUUAGACAGCAUUUUUUGUGAUAUUUAACUUAUAUUUUUCUUUCUAGAGAACUGAAUGAUCAGAACAUUCCAUUGUUACUGUCAUAUGUGUUCUUUUGAUUUGGUGGCUCUUGGUUCGUGUGCAUGAAGUUAGUGGCAGCAAAAUUUCUUUGGAACGUGGAAUGUUGGAAGGCUUUGGAUGGGCAAACUCACUAGUACAUUGAUGUAGAGGGACAGAGGGACAAGAGAUGCGAUAAUUCUGUUAAUUAUAUAUGAUUAAGAAUAGGUCUGCUAAUAAAUAACUAAUUCAGAUCCUAAAGAAAUAACUGGAGCUGGAAGAAAAGAUAGAUUGUUCACAGCAGUACCUGAAUUCUUAUGCAAUGCCCUAUAAUGUCAUUCUGCUUUCUAAAUAAAAAAGCCACCCCAUAUACAACACUGUCUUCAUUCCCAGUGUCCAUGGGAAUGCAAGCUACUCCUUUUCCUGUUGUCAUCAUAUUAAAGGUAAAUUAUUCUUUCCAACUUCACAUUACAGCUGUGAAAGCAUUAACUGUAAUAAUGUUGCAUUGCUUAAUUACAGUUUAAAGAGUGACAUAGAACUAGCUUUGGGAAAAGACUUUACAGAAUGAGCAUACAUUUCUGAAACAAGUUCUGAAUUUUAUUUAUCGCAGUUCCUGAAGAGCUGAUGAUAGUACAAUCAUAUUAACAUUCCCAGAAAAAAGGGAAAAAAUGUACUGAUUUGUACUGAUACUACUUAAAAAUAGUAAUCAAUGAUGCAAAUGUUGACAAAUUUCUUUGAAGAUAUUCUUAAACUUUCCCAUGUCAACUAUACUUGGCACUUGUGGGUAUAAGUAAAUGCAUUGUGGAUUGUAAUGAUCUUUAAUGUUGAUAGGAUCAAAACUAUAGUUACAUAUCGUAGCAUCAAAAUUUCUGUAAAUUGAGUUAUCAUCCAUGACAUCCUUCAGUAUGCCUGAUGAUGUAAAAAAAAAAAAACACCUUUCUUUUCACUGAAAUGUUCCCCAGUUGAGAGUUUUGAAUAUGCUAAGAAAAGAUAUGUUACAGAAAAAUGUGGACUUGUAAGGGAUUAACGUCAAUAUUUACCAACUUCUUCCGGUUGUUCGUCUAAAAAAUUAUGAUCUAGUGUAAAAGUCAAAAAAUCAAUUACUGCAAUUUGAAACUGAGCAUAUGCCUACUAAUUCAAAAGAUCUGAUGAUCAUACAGAAAGAAAAAAAACUUUACUCUGUUCAAUGUUAGAAGUUCCUGAAUCUUUUUACCAGUUUGUGCCAUGACAGUUAAUAAGUCCAAGCUGGGGUAGGGGUGGGAGUAGGGUGGGGAAGAUGUAUCAUGCUUAUUCUGUUUUGUUUCAGUAUUUUUGGUGUAAUGUACAAACUAUAUAGCUUGCUAGUGUAUGUCCACUAAAUAUAAUCACAUUUCUUUUUAUGUGAAAAAAUGGUUUUGUAUAAGCAAACAUCAGGUGCAAAAAAAGCUUGCUUUAUGACCUAUCCAAGAAAUAGUUUAGCCCUAGAUGCAGAUCAAAUAUAGCAUUCU